AUGCCAGCCUACAGUUGCUCCACACCAGUUGUUCUCCACACAUCUUCCACUCAUCACAAACUCAGGCAGUGGACGAAGGCAGGCACACACACGUACACUCCGACACACACGCUCCAGGCACAGGACCGAAGACCACAUACAGUAGAGCAGUUCCAGGGGAAGCAGGAGUCCUUGUCCCCUUAAAUCCAGACCACAACGUUGUCCAGCAUGGAGCUUUUCGAGACCAACCCUUAUUUCUUCCCUGACCAGCGCUUCUAUGAAGGAGGGGACAGCUAUUUCCCCUCUCGCCUGCCCGGGGGGUACGACCAAGCCGGCUACCAGGACAGGAACUCCAUGAUGGGCUUGUGUGGGAAUCUGUCUGGGGGUGUUGGAGUUGGGGUCACAGGAACAGAGGACAAAGCCUCUCCAUCCAGCCUGUCACCUCACUCCGAGCCCCACUGCCCUGGCCAGUGCCUGCCCUGGGCCUGCAAGCUAUGCAAAAGGAAGACAGUGACCAUGGACCGUCGGAGAGCAGCCACACUGAGGGAGAAGAGGCGUCUGAAGAAGGUGAACGAGGCCUUUGACGCCCUGAAGAGGAGCACCCUGAUGAACCCCAACCAGAGACUGCCCAAGGUGGAGAUCUUGCGGAGCGCCAUCCAGUAUAUUGAAAGGCUCCAGGCCCUGGUGUCCUCCCUCAACCAGCAAGACACUGAGACGGGACAGCAGGGACUGCACUACCGACCCAGCCUGGCCCAGCCCAGAGUGUCGUCGUCAAGUGAGCCCAGCUCAGGCAGCACCUGCUGCAGUAGCCCAGAGUGGAGCAGCACUCCAGAGCAGUGCACGCAGAGCUACAGCAGCGAGGAUCUCCUCAGCGCUGCUGACUCUCCAGAGCAGGGGAACAUGCGUGCCCUGACCUCCAUCGUGGAAGGCAUCUCUGCAGCUGACGGAGCUGUGGCUUUUCCUGUGGACAUUCCCAAAUAGACCCUCCAAACAUUGGACCCGUAGGUGCACAGAGAUCAACAAACAAAAAGGAAAUUUGCAAUUGGCACCGGGGCUGACAACCGAUCCCAAAUUCCAAUUUAAUUUAUUUUUCAGCUCUACUGAUCUGAGUAUUUUGU